CUCGCAUUUCUCCGCAAAAGUUUCUGGGAAAGUCCCAAAUCCUCAGCCGAUCUUCUCUAUAACUGCUCGGCUAAUCGCCGCGCGUGGUGGUUGCACCUUCCUGAUGAGCCAACAGCCGCAUAUGAACAUGCUAGGGCCUAAAAUUCUCAAUUCCGAGAGCUUCUUGCCUUCUUCCUGAUGAGCACCUUUUUGCACCCUGCAUUUUACAAAGUCCACCCCCAUUAAUGUUGUAAAAAACAUAAUAUUUCAACAUCCCACUGGCACUACCAUUCUCAGCCCAAAUCCUUCUCUCCUUCUUCCCUUACCUGAAGACGGAGACCCACUCCCAAACUUCGACGGAUCUUCGACAAAGAAGAGAUGGAUUACGGAGAACAAGACAACAACGCCAGUCCUGACACCUGCGACGACCAGACCUUUGAUGGAGUAGCGAUGGAUGACGAGGAACAGGGCAAAGUGGUUGAGUUACAAACCCCAGUGAUGAUUGAAGUGGACACAACAGAAUAUUUUCGAACUGAUAUGGUAUUUCAGAAUAAGGAGGCUGUUGUUGAGUACGCAAGGAAAUGUGGCCGUAGGCAUGGAGUUGUAGUUGUUGUUCAAAGGUCAGACGUCAACGAUCUUAAGAGAACCCCUAGGAUUUUAUUUGGCUGUGAGAGAAGUGGUGGAUAUAGGGCAAAAUGUAAUGCAAAGAAGAGGAAAAAAUCAACAAAAAAAUGUGGCUGCCCAUUCUCCCUGAAAGCUCAUGUGUCAAAUGCACUUACUGGGACAUGGAUAUUGGUUGUUUUGAAUGGGAAGCACAAUCAUGCCUUGGUUAAAGCAUUUGAAGGUUAUUCAUAUGUUGCAAGUGCAGAGAAUUGUAAUCACACCACUGCCAAAUCUUUUGGUUUGCCAUGUGGUCAUAUGCUCACAAAAUAUAGAAAUGAAGAGAGUAGCAUCCCACUCAGUGAUCAACCUUUCAGUGAAGAACCCAAAAAUGAUGUGACAAUUGAUGCUGAGAUUGACAUUGUGAGAAGGACAUUUGCAACUGCUACUGUACCUCAAAAGCUAGAAAUUAAAAGACAGCUUCGGUCUUUAUGCAAGGCAAGCAGUACUUCUAUCUUAGAGACAAAAUCAAAGGUCAAUGGGAGGGGGAGAAAGAAGGGGUUGAAUGAGAUUAAAACCAGUCCAGUAGUGGACAAAUUAACGAAGCGUGAUCCUUUAGCCUUUGAGUACACACUUGAGUCUCAUGUAUUUGAUGAUGUUACGCAAAGUCAGAAUUCUCAAUUUUCAACUCAGAGUUUGAAACAAAAGGCAAAAUUGAAAGUUCAUAGGACUAGAAAGGCAAACACAAAAAAUUUGGUGUCUCUAUUUCCUGAUUUUCUGCAGCCCUAUAUAUCUAAUUUUGUUGAUGUUCCUGGAGAUGGCCACUGUGCAUUCAGGGUUGUGGCAUCUUUCUAUGGUUGGGACAAUGAUGGUUGGAAAUUGGUGCGAAACGAUCUCGCAAAUGAGUUGCACAUAUAUGGACAACAAUAUGACAAGCUAUUAUCUCCUUUCUCAAGCACAGCGGAGCUACUAUCAAGUGUCGAAUGUUAUGCGGAGAUGGCAGACGCUAAGAAUUGGAUUGUGAUGCCUUACAUGGGAAAUGUCAUCUCAACAUGUUAUAAUGUUGUUGUUCUGCUCAUUUCACAAGAGCAAUGCGUAACAUUUUUUCCACUCAGGGAUCCAAUGCCAUUGGAGUACAAGGAAGGCAUAAUGGUAUUCGGGUAUAUCAAUGACUCUCACUUUAUCAGAAUGGAGCUAGAACCAGAUAGUCCCAUACCUCCUGUCUCAAACAUGUGGUCAGAUCAUCAUCAUAUAAAUGCAAGUGGAUGGCUAGAAAUGUUUGCUUCUAGAAUUGAAAAAUUCAAGACACUUUCUUCCUCGGAGGCAUGCAACAUAGCCACUGUGGAGUUGUUAAAUUGAUUCAACAUGUUUAUUUGGAUUUUGUGUUUGCCUUUUGUAUGAUCAUUAUCUUAUAAUAUUUCAUUCCUUAUAUUAAUCAGUAGUCUAAAACUUGAUGGAUUCAUGAGCAAAUGCAGCUGUGUGAGUGAAUGUGCCUUUUGUAUUGUAGAUAUGGAAUAUGCAGGAGUAUAUUGCAAAGCUUUUUUUUAGCUAUUUGAUACUGCUAGUGAGUACUUUUGAUCU